AGCGGUUUGGUUUGGAGCCAUGCUGAGGUUUCAAGAGGCCGCUAAGUGUGGGAGUGGAGCAGCUGCUGUUUCCGCUGCGCGCCCAACAGCCCUGAUGGCAAGAAGAUACCUGCUUCGACACAAGCUUGGCAGUGGGAGUUUCGGAACUGUCUAUCUGGUUUCAGACAAGGAGGCCACGCAGGGGGAGGAGCUCAAGGUAUUGAAAGAAAUAUCUGUUGGAGAACUAAAUCCAAAUGAGACUGUGCAGGCCAAUCUGGAAGCCCAGCUUCUCUCCAAGCUGGACCACCCAGCCAUUGUCAAGUUCUACGCCAGCUUCGUGGAGCAAGGGAACUUCUGUAUCGUCACGGAGUACUGUGAGGGCCGAGAUCUGGAGUGUAAAAUUCAAGAAUACAAAGAAGCUGGGAUAAUCUUUCCUGAAAAUCAAAUAAUAGAAUGGUUUACCCAGCUGUUGCUAGGAGUUGACUACAUGCACGAGAGGAGGAUACUUCAUCGAGACUUGAAGUCAAAGAACAUAUUUUUGAAAAAUAAUCGGCUUAAAAUUGGGGAUUUCGGAGUCUCUCGGCUUCUAAUGGGAUCCUGUGACCUGGCCACAACUCUCACUGGAACUCCACAUUACAUGAGCCCCGAAGUUCUGAAGCACCAAGGCUAUGACACCAAGUCAGACAUCUGGUCGCUGGCGUGCAUUCUGUACGAGCUGUGCUGCCUGAGCCAUGCAUUCACUGGCUCUAAUUUCCUGUCCGUUGUCUUCAAAAUUGUUGAGGGUGACACGCCUUCCCUCCCGGAGAGACAUCCAAGAGAACUAAAUGCCAUUAUGAGGAGCAUGUUGAACAAGAAUCCAUGCUUGAGGCCGUCAGCUAUAGAAGUUUUGAAAAGCCCCUAUAUUGAUGAACAGCUACAGCACUUAAUGUGCAGAUAUGCAGAAAUGGCUGCGGUAAACAAGAAUCUACAUUGUCAGGAGGAGGCUGCUCAUAUAAUUAAUGCUGUAAAAAUCGUGGGAGAAAAGUCUGAAGCAACUACGAUGUGGAGGGAAGAACCUCGGAGCUUCCGGCGGCUGAGGACUGACGUGCUCCAUGGUUUCGAUCAAUUGACUUCAGAGAAGCUGACGGCGUCUCAGCCUCUUCCUUCCCUGGGCCACAGUGAACUUGAGUCAGGCAUAGAGGACACCCUAGUUGACUUUGGACAUCAUGAGAUCCCAGAAGACCCGCUAGUGGCUGAAGAGUAUUAUACUGAUGUCUUUGAUUCCUGUUCUGAAGAAAGUGAGGAGCAGGAAGAAGACACCCUGUUCUCAGGACCUGACAGAGAGACCAAGGACGGUAACAGAAUAAACCAACAGGACGGUGAUAUGGAAGCCUUGGUCAGGUGUUUGGAAAGCGUUCUGGAGUGUUCUUCUCUAGAUCAGCCAUACAGAAGUUGGGAGCAGAAGUUUUUGAGGAAGUCUACACUUAUCUCAAGAGAGCAAGGUGUGAGAACGCUAGCGAGGCAGAGAUCCGGGACCGUCUGGGAACGAUGGUGCCGCGGGCCAGCGGCUGGUUUCAAGUUGACCAGCUCCUCUACUUUGAGGAACAAUUACGAAUCACCAUGGGAAGAGAUUCCACCUUUUAGAACCAUCUCUGAGGAGCUUUCCAGAACAGCCAGAAGCCCAAGGGAACAAAUUGUGAAAAUCCAUGGAAUGCUUCAACUGGACUUGAUAGGAAAAUGGUAUGAGUUUCAAAUUCUUGUUUGAAGUGAUGACUCCUAUAGAGAAAGACACAAGACUGCCCGCACUCACAGUGCUGCAUCCUUUGUCCAGUCUAGAUCCUGAUAACAGCUCGCCCAUCACAUCUGGCGUGGAGAAGCAAUUCUUGCACUUGUGCCCUCAGGGUUCCCACAGGACUGACCCCCCUGCCCCAUGAUGGUCCAGGGCUGUCUCUAGCUGGGC